CGACAAAUGAAUUAGUCAUUGCUCUGGCAAGCUUCAAAGAUUGCAAAACUCCUGUUGUCGACAAACAUGGGGAGUCUGAUAAGCGAAACAAAGGGAUUUACUUCAGAUUCUGCUAAGGUUUAUGUCAUGGUGGAACAAAUCAACAAACGUUCUCUUGGAAAGCUGAUAGUAAAGGUUGUUGGACAUGAAGGAUGUAAAAAUGCAAAAGUUGAACAAGUAUUAAGACGACAAAUCCAAACCUGCAUCACUCACAUUGACAAUUAUUCCCAAGAUACUUGGGCAGAUGCACGGGUGACGUUCCUCGGUAUGGACGGAUCUGCCUACGUCAUUCAGUCAGGUGAUGGGAAGAAGAGGUUCAUUGUUCGUCUUGAUGCACGGGAUAAAAUUAAAUUCGUGGACUUUCAAAAAUUAAGUAAAUCUUAACCAUCUCCCUGUAUGUUGAGGGAUGUAUUCAUGCAAUCUUCUACUAUCUACUGUCACACUGGUUUGAUUGUGACCUGACAAGUAACAAUAUAUGGCAAUGUACGUGGUCUAUCAACUUGACUCAAAAGCGUUUUGUGAGUUACUUCAAGCUAUCCCGGACUAAGUUUUGGGUUGUCUCCCAAUUGACAGACACCCAUUUGACAGACACCCGAUUGACAGACACUUAACUAGAAGGUUAAUUAGGGUAACACCUACGGGUAUAAUGGAACAG